CCCAGGAGAGCAGGCAGUGGAAACCCGCAGAAGUCGCUGGAACAAGAGCAACUGAAACCAUGUCGAAGGCUGUGAACAACAUGAGCAUGGGCGUCGUGGAGCCGCAGGAGCGGAUGAAGCACCUGUCGCACUGCGGCAACCUCAUCGAGGUGGACAAGAACAUGCCAGUCACGCGGUAUUAUCGCUCGGGCACCGAGAUGCUGCGCAUGGCCAACGUUUACCUGCGGGAGGGCAACCACGAGAACGCCUUCAUCCUCUACUUGCGCUACAUGACCCUCUUCAUCGAGAAGAUCCGCCAGCAUCCGGAUUAUGGAAGUGUCAAGGCCGAGGUGCGGGAUAUCAACCGGAAGAUCAAGGACGAGAUCAUGCCCACGACGGAGAAGCUAAGGGCCAAGCUACUGACCCACUACCAGCGGGAGUACGAGCAGUUCCUGGCCAGCAAGGAGGCGGAGAGGGUCAGGGAGCUGGAGCGCGAAAGGGAGCGCCAGCGGCAGAAGGAAAGGGAGAAGGCGGCAGGCGGCGGCUCAUCCAGCGGCAUUCCAUCCCUCAUCCCGGCCAAUCUGCACGUGCUCAUCGACGAGGGCAGCCAGCCAUCGGCUCCAGAUCUCGGCCUGCUCGACCAGGUGGUCUACCCGAAUGACUUUCCCACGGGCGCCAAUCGCAGCCUGCCGGGAUCGGGACUCCUGCUGCCCGCGGCCAGCGAAGCAGCCGCCGAUAAGACAGCCAACUCUAAACCCAGCUUCGAUCGCAACCAGAAGCCGUCGUACAACCGCACGGAUUCUCUGCUGGCGGGCUCUUUGCGCCUCGUUCACGUGCCCGGGGACACGAUGGAGGUGUUCCUGAAGCUGGCCCUGGCCAACACCUCGAAGAACAUCGAGACCUGCGGCGUAUUGGCUGGUCAUCUGUCGCAGAACCAGCUGAACAUCACGCACAUCAUAACGCCGCAACAGCAGGGAACUCCGGAUAGCUGCAAUACGAUGCACGAGGAGCAGAUAUUCGAUGUGCAGGACCAGAUGCAACUGAUUACGCUGGGAUGGAUACAUACCCAUCCCACUCAGACGGCGUUCUUGUCCUCCGUUGACCUGCAUACGCACUGCUCCUAUCAGAUCAUGAUGCCCGAAGCCCUGGCCAUUGUGUGUGCCCCCAAGUACAAUACCACUGGUUUCUUUAUACUCACGCCGCACUACGGACUCGACUACAUUGCCCAGUGUCGCCAGUCGGGCUUUCAUCCGCAUCCCAAUGACCCGCCGCUCUUCAUGGAGGCGCAGCACAUCCGGAUGGACAACCAGGCCAAGAUCAAGGUCAUCGAUCUGCGGAGAUAGUCGCUCAGAAGCCAAAAUUCAAAAGAUCUAGCAAUAGCUCCAGUUUCGGGUGUCAAACAGAGUGAUUAACCAAGGAAAUUACAGAGAUUUAGAGAGAAUAACUAUUUUCGGCAAAACACAGAGAUAGAGAAAGAGAGAUAUUGUAUUUUUGCAAGCUGCUGAUCCCCAGGAUCGUCGACUAUACAUCACUUUAAGCACUCGGCUGCAUUUGUUGUUGUUUAUUGCGUUCCGGCCUUUCCGUUCGUUGCAUUCUUUCACUUAAGAACCCCCAAUGUGAUUUUCAAUUGUGGCUUACCCCUGCGUUCGUUACUAUCUAAUGUAUACCUAUAUAUUUAAUAUGUUAGGCACUCUUACACACAGCUUACCGUGCAAACUAUUCGGGGCGCUCCAAAGGAACAGGAGUCGCGCCUUCUACGGCUUACUACUUGCAAUAACCUGUUGUUCAAAGACGAAUCAUCAUGAAAUGCUAUUAUUAAACUGUGCAUGCUUACCUAUUGUACUAAACCGAAUAAAUA